GCAUGUGACCUAAAACCGAGCCUAAAGCCCUAAACUAAAGCAUAAAAUCUCAAAAUAAAUAAUUAUGGCUUGGUUGUUUGGUUCUAAAAAUCAGUUGAAUAAAAGAGCUCAUCACCGCACUGUAUCACUGUAUGUGUGGGCUGGUGCUCAGGACGGCUUACCAGAAGCACAUGAUAGUGAAGAGAAGAGAAAGGUCACUAGUAAUAUACAGCACUUUACUCCAUCGGCCGGUCAAUGGAUCACUAAAAGUACUAUUGGCACUCCUCCAUUGGGAGCAAAGCAGUACUGCUGUACCACAAUAAAUGAUCAAUUGUAUUAUUUUGGGGGUUGGUGUGGCCAUGACGACUGCUAUCACAACAGCAUUACACAACUGGAUACCGUUUCUCUUCAAUGGAGAGAAUUAGAACCAACUGAUGCAACUAGACCAGUUAUGAGGAGAGGUAGUGGUGGAAUGAUAUCAUUUGAACAUGAUGGAGUACACCAUUUACUAAUGAUAGGAGGACUAGGAUCUAAACCGGCUGUACAACUAUCUCAUUAUAAAUAUAUUCAGUUACCUAGUGGAAGAUGGCGUACUAAUGAGCACUCGAUGUAUAAUCUAUCAUCAGGAAAAUGGAAUAAUCCUUCAAUCAUUGGUCAGUGUAUGUUACCUACUGCUGCCUUCAUCAUCGAAAAGAUCAACAACACUAGAGCUGUUCUGUUCGGUGGACGAGAAACAGAUGACGAUGUUCAGAAUACCAAUGCUAACAAUAUUUAUAUAUUAGAAAUAUCAAUCAGCACUGUGUUCUGGCAGUGUAUAAAGAAGCCCAAAGCAAUUAACCAAUGGCCUGUCGGUAGAUUCUAUCAUGCAGGCGCUAUUAUUAUAACUGGAUCGGACUACCCUAUGCUAGUGAUAAGUGGUGGGAGGGAUAAAAAUAAUGAUACAUUAGAUGAUUGUUGGAUCCUUAAUGUCACUCAACAUUCCUGGAUAAAGUUAGUUGUACCUCACUCUGUUAGUAAGAGAUGGGCUCAUUCUCUCUCAGUGUUCAUCAUGAGUCCUCAUUGUGUCUGGAUGAUAACUGCUGGAGGUUUUGUUGAUAAGAUACGUACAUUUGUCACUAGUCCUAACGUUGUUACACUAACAGAACUAGUUAGCAGUAAAAGAGAGUGGACAGUAUGUGAUACGUUAGAUACCAGUGGUAUGAAUAAUGAAGAAUACAAGAAGAAGUAUCAGCAGCAACUACAGUUAGGAAGAAAAAUAUGGUUGGAGGAGUACCAGAAACCAAGAAAAGGAGAUACGGCCAAUAUUGAACAAACCAUACAAGGUCUUAUGAAGAGUCUUGAAGAAAAGGAAAGAGAAGCACAAGUUUAUCAUCAAAAGUUGGAACAGAAGGAAAAAGAAGAAUCAGAGAAAGAGCAACAAUAUUGUCAUCGGCUACAAGAGAAGGAUAGGGAGCAUCAGGUAGCACUGCAGGAGCUACAUGAGGCACUACAACAGAAAGAUAUUGUGAUACUUAAAAAGGAUAGAGAGCUACAGGGGAAGGAUAAGGAGCUACAGGAGAAGGAUAGGGAGCUACUUCAGUCUCAAGAGGCAGUUCGUAGGUACCAGCAAAAAGCACUUACUGAUGAUCACUGGGUUAUUAAUAAAGAUGAGGUGACUUUGACAAAGGAGGAGUUAGGAAGAGGAUCUUAUGCUGUCGUUAUUGUUGGUAUCUUUAGAGGUUUAAGAGUAGCUGUCAAGUCACUUCAUACUAUCAUCAUCUCAGAUUAUAAUCUAGCUCUCUUCUCCAGGGAAAUGAAUAUAGCAUCACGAGUACGUCAUCCUAACCUAGUCCAGUUUAUUGGUGCAACUAAAUUGGGUAAUCCUCUUGUCUUGACCGAGCUGAUGAGCACUAGUCUUAAUCAGGAGCUUCGCAGAAAUCGAUUAACCAAUCAACAGAUUCUCAGUAUCGCUCAAGAUGUAGCUUUAGGCCUCAACUACCUUCAUCUGUUUAAGCCUCAACCUAUUAUUCACAGAGAUGUCAGCAGUCCUAACGUAUUAUUAAAGCCUUGCACUGGACCUGCUGGUUAUGAAGCUAAAGUAGCAGAUUAUGGUACAGCUAAAGUAGUGCAAGCUGAGAAUACUGGUACUGUUAUGCCAGGCAAUAUUGCAUAUGCUGCACCAGAAGCUCCUAUUCCUGAUCAACACAGUCCAGCAAUGGAUGUCUACAGUUACUCUGUUCUCCUUAUGGAAAUGAAUUUGUGCUCUCGACCAGAAAUGACGACAAUGGAGAGAGAAGUACAAUCUAAUAGUGUCUCUUGGUCUGAUAUGAAGUCUCUAAUACAAAGAGGACUCAAUGCUAAUCCUAGAGCUCGUCCUACUAUGGCUCAAGUAAUAGAGUCAUUGAAAAGGAUGAAGACUUGAUUACUGAAUUGUUUGUAUAUUGACCUUCAACACAGCUCUCACCAUACUUGUAUUUUGGCUCUAUGAUUUAAGUAUUGUCAAUAUUAAUAAUAUUGCUACCUUUUCAUCAAUAUUUUUGUGUUUAAUUCAGGCUAAAGUCUGGUAAAAAU